AUGGCACGAGGACAGGAACUAAAAAAUAUUUUGGAUAUUAUUGGGGAAAAGAAAAUUCGCCAAACUUAUCAGUUAGAAACUGAGAACCGUCGCCUAAUUCAGACUUAUUUAAAGGAGAGGAGGAAAGAAGAAAAGGAAGUCAAGAAAGUGGCUAAAAAAGAACAGCAAGACAAAAAAGAUUUAGCCAAAUAUGGAAUUAAAAAAGAAUCUUUAACUUGGGAAGAUAUUGCAAAAGGAACUAGAGAAAAUUAUGAGCCAAAAAAACGCAACCAAACCUCAAAAAAAUAA